AUGAGAGGUAAAAUGGAUAAAAUAAAUAACGUAUUAUUACAAGCGAUAUUCAACUUGAUAGAACCAAAUAAACUGCUUUAUAGUGGUGAUAAUAUAGCUGCCGAUAGAUUAUACGAGUCAUUUCCUUGCUUUGAUAUAGUUAGCUUGGCAUUGGUGUCUUGGAAAUGGUUCAACAAUCUAUCAAAGUUAAUAGACCGAUUAGAACUACGGUUGUACUAUAAAGAAACACUCGGAAGGCGCAUGAAACUUGAGAAAGUAGCAACCGCUGCACUCUAUCGAGUGGGCAGAACCGAGAAGUUGGAAAGAGACAAACCGAAUAUCACCAUAGAUCUUGACCAUUUCAAGAGUCUACUGGAUUCUAAAUUCAGUUUGUUGCGUGCUUGCAAUCUACGACAACUGGUGAUUCGCGAUGUCUAUCCGUGGAACAAGCGGUUCGACAGCGUCAUCAACAACCUCUAUAACGGCGGACAACUCAAAUCGGUGACUGUCAUCACCGAAAUAGUGUUACUUCCAAACUUUAUAAGUAAACAUCCACACAAGAAUCGAUUCCAAUACUACGUUGUACCGACCAUUACCAACUGUCUAAAGAGCACGGACAUCGCUGCUUCCAUCAAAUAUCUGAAACAGCCGGCCAACAAUAUCGUUUGGCUGGAAACAAUCUUUUCGAAUCAUCCGGAUUCCCCACUGGAAAAAGGCAUUGCUAUGCUAGCCGACAUUGAAAAAGCGGUGCCACUGGCGAUGACUCAAUUUUCUUUUCCUCAUUUCUUCUCGGAUAUUCCCCCGAAUGACUGGCUGCAGAUGCACCAACUCUCCAAUAUCUACAAAAGGAUUUCCAAUAAUAAAAUUCUUUUAAAUGAAAAUCUUAAAGGAAAGAAAUCAACAUUUUUAAAUGUCAAUAUUCAUUUAUGUCCUUUAUUCAACUAA